UCACCAUCGUCGUCCGAAGCAAUUAGUUCAGCAGAUACAUGGGGACAGCACAAGUGAUGAGACAAGUGUACUUCUGCCAUCAGCUCAGUACGGUUGAUUGGAAAAAGGUUUUUUCAUCAUCUGAUAACUUGGUGAUUUAGGGGCUCAAAAGUUGAAUUCAGGAAGUGAAAGUGUGUAAAUUUUUUGAAGAUUGAUUCGAUUCGAUUGCGCGCGAUCUGAAACGAGUGAAAAAUAAAACCUGUGCUCAAGGAAAAACGACAUCCAUUGAAGAUAAAAUUAUCAGAAAAAGCCAUCAUCAGCCAUUAUGCAUCUUAAUGUGAUGAGUGAAGCAAGCAAAUGUAGAAAGGAUUUGCAAUGACGUCAGUGAUAAAGGUGAAAUUAAAGUGAAUAGUGGAUUCAUAAAAGCUGUUUGCACAUUCGAUGAAAGUGUUUGUUAGAGGUGAGCAGGAAAAGGAGAGUUUGGUUAAAGCAGAACAUCCCUAGAUAGUGGUGCAGCCUUUGGCGGGAGACAGAAGAUUGAAGCAGUGACGCGAAAGAUUAACUCUUGAAAAUGGGAAACUACUGCAGCUCUGGCCAAACCAAAAAGGAUAAGGAUAACGUGUCGGAGAAGUCGGAAGAGUCUCCCUCCUACCAGCUGGCUGACAAGAACAAAUCCAAACCUGGACAAAACAAUGCCAAAGAGGCUCCGCUAGCCGCACCGGAGGUGACGUCCGAUGGGUCCGGAACCGGGCCAGUAUCUAACAACUCGACCGCUAGUGGUGGUCUUGCUGGGGCUUCCUCCUCGACUGACGCAACCAGGCCUCUUCCGAAGGCUUUGGAAAAUGUGCGCUCGGUUACGCUAUCCGCGGAUUCAACUACAAGUAGCCCACUAGUGGCAACGCCGCCCUGUCCGGUCCCCUCGGUGCAUCAGAAUUUACCGCAAAAUUUGGUGCCAUUGUACGGAAAGCCAACUACCAAUCGUCGGACUGAUAAACACCGGAAAAUAGUUCUCUACAUUUUGGCUGCCGAUGAUGGUUACCAAACGGAGAAAACGGUUCUUCGCGAUGUCUACAAGGGCUUGAACCAGAAAUGUCAAAGCCGGGGAUUCGAAUUACACGUGUCGGAUUUGCAUCUGAUGCAGGUCAAGGGCAGCAGCCUGGAUGUCAACAAGUGGUUCAAGGGACCAUUGGAGGCUCAGGGUGGUCACGAUCUAGCUGCCAACUGUUUGGCUGAAAUCGCACGGCAAUCGGGCGAUUCCUACCUGAUUCCGGUGUUGUUCCUGAGCACCAGCCUGGGCGAUCCGCUGCUACCGUUAACCAUCGAAAGUCAAGACUUUGCAGCAGCCCUCCAAACGGCCGAGAAGAACCCGCAGGAACGGGCUAUUCUGGAGAGUUGGUACACCCUGGACGAUCAAUCCCAGCCGGCUUGCUAUCGUCUGACUACUAAAAACAAAUCGAAUCUCUCAUCGGAGGAAUCGGAAAAAGAACUCUCGACCCUGUUGAGCAUUUUGGUUGACAUCUUCUCGAAAGAGCUGUGUGAUUCCUAUUUGACAACGGUUGUAGAACAGGAAAUCAACAACACCGUUCUAAUUAAUCAAGAACUGUCCAAACGGUGCAUCUGGAUCCAGAACUCAAUUGCUCCUCUAAAGGUUACCGAAAACUCUUCCUCAACGGAGAUCGAGAUGCUUCGUAGAUUGGGCAAUAUACAAAAUGAUUUGAAGAGUCACCUGUCCGAAAAGCACAUCCUGCGUAUCCCGGCAAACAUUGGCCAACAGUUGGAUCAGUUCGCCAACCUUCUGGAUACCUGCCUGUCCGCCGAAAUCGACGCCAUCAUCGACGAGCACACGGUCAAACACUCGGUACCGUACUGCACUUUCGGCGUCGAUCGACGUUUGCUCGGUGAGAUCGAGGAGGUCAACCGUCACUCACGGGUUCUGAACGAGAAUUGCGCCAACUUCUCGGUUACCGAUCGGAUCAAGGAGUAUCUCAUGAGCUCCAGGAGGAAACCGUUGGUCAUCUACGGGAAAACCGGUGCCGGCAAAAGUGUUCUGGUUGCCAAAGUGUCACAGAACGUUCACACCUGGCUGCCGGAGUCUCAUUUGGUGUUAAGAUAUGCGAAUCUUACGACUUUGAGUUCGGAUGUUACCUCUCUGUUGGGUUCUAUUACCGAACAAAUUUCGGUGCUAGUGAAUGGAACUCCCACGAGGUGUCAACAUACGAUUCAAUCCUAUUCGGAAGCGCUGAAGGAGCUGAUCGAAAACACCAAACAACAAAUCACGAUAAUCAUUGAUUCCGUCGAUAGGCUGUGUGAUCCGAAUGAUUUGGCCUGGUUGCCAACUGAGCUGCUGGAGAAUGUCAAGCUUAUUUUAACCGUGUCCUCUUCGUGUCCUAGUCAAGAUGCGCUCGCCAAGUUGGGAGAUGAAGAUGUCGCCCUAAAGCGAUUAUUGGAGAAAAUUGGUUCACCGGAGAGUUUUCUGUACCUCACACCGUUCACCCAGGAACAGUGGGAGGAUGUGCUGUGCUUCGGAGGUGGAGAUAUCUACUCGGCAAAUGGCGCUCUACAGUUACCUGACAGUUGGAAGAAAUCCAACGAAAAAAUCUCCGUUCAAGCAAAGAUUCUGUGGUGGCUUGCAUGGCUAGGCGUUACAGAGCUGAGCGACACAUCGGUGUCUCACAUAAGUCAGAAAGUGUUCGAAAUACUGGAAGAGAAAUUUACAGCUGCAAUUACCAAGUUUAUUAUCUCAUUGUUGGUCACAGCCCGGGAAGGCUUGCUGGAGACAGAGAUCAUUACGCUUAUUAGGAAUUCAAAUUUAGUUUCCGGGUCCACUACCAAGCUCUGGACACAUUUCUGCUGGAAAAUGGGACCACUGUUGUUGCACAACAAGCACAUCAUUCUGGUAGACCGAACUUUGAUUGAGGUAUCUCGUCAGCGCUACGCACAGGACAUACGCGAGGCUCACCGGGUUCUGUACGACUUUUUCGAGAAACAACCGGACAGUUUUACCGACAAGAAGGGGAAGGACAAGUGCUUCAACUCCCGCAAGCUCAUAGAGCUACCCUACCACAAGUACAAACUGGAAAAGAGCGAUGAAUCCUUUGCCGAGAGCAGCUUCCUGACCGAUUUGGCUUGGCUGUCCCAGAAGGUUAUCGCUACCGGAUGUGUUCAUUUACUACACGAUAUUGCUCUAGUAGAUUUAACCAAUAGUAGUAGAGGCAGCGGCAAAACGGACCACGUACUGCUGCUGAAGCAAUUCUUCGAAACGCACUUCAAGGCGCUGAACUAUGACGGACGACAGUUCUACUCGCUGUUGGCCGUGUUCCUGGAGCGUCAGAUGGCUGUGGAGGGUUCUUCGUUCGUCGGCAACGAGACCCUUAAAAAGUGGCGGGAGUUUAUCGAGGCCGUUCCACAAACGUUCCUUAAACAGGUAGAGAUUAUCAAAGGACCCGUCGAGGCGGGCAACGAAGACGGUGCCGAGAAGAAAGAUCCCGGUGCCGAGAAAGCAAUAGCUGGUUAUGAUUUGAUCAUGAAUCUUAACAUUGAUGGUUAUUUUGUGAUUUCGUUGAGCACGGAGCGGGAGGAGAUAUGCGUUUGGGAUGUGGCAAGGUGUAGCAAGGUACGAACAUUGCUAGGAGUGCCACAACCAUCGGCAAUUUGUCCUGUGGGAGAAUACGGUGUGGCUGUGCUGUGUCGUCGGGAAAUCCGAAUGGUAGAUUUGGAUGAGGGCCAAUUUAAGGUUACGUUGAAGGGUGUAAUGAACCAAAAAAUGCCAUACUUUGGGUUACAUGACGCAUCUCAUUUGGUAUGUUUAUCAAGGAAUCGUAUGUACGUGAACUUGAUGAACAUGGAAUCCGGAGACUGCGUUACAACUUUCAAAGCUGGUGAAGAUCGCUUCCUCAACUCAUUGCUAGUGUCCGGAGAUGGAAGAAUUCUCGUCUGUGGGGAUGAAACUCAGAAGCCGUUCCCACUCCUGGUUUGGCACCUUUCCCAGAAGAAGCUGCUGUAUGACCUUCGGAUACCGCACCAUGACUUCAUUACCUCUCUAGCUGCCAUUACGCAUGAGGGCUCGUACGUUUGUGUCGUUGCCAAGGAACUGGCCGAACCGAGUCCCAACUUCAUUGUCGUAUACGAUUUGCAAAGUGGAACGUUGUUCAAGAAAUGGAAGCCAUCCUGCAAUACCGUUUCGCUGGCCAUCUCGCAGACCAAUACGUGCGUGAUUGCAGGAUUGGAGGAUGCGCGGAUAUUAAUAUGGGAUCUUGUAACAGGUAAUUGCCGAUGCACAUUGACGGGACACAGCGCUCCGGUUACGUUGUUGAAGCUAGAUCCCUCCGGCAAAAUGUUACUUUCCGGCGACAAGGAAGGUCGUGACAUGUCGGUUCGGUUGUGGGAACUGGAUAGCGGCAAACAACUGGCCGUUUACACUCCGGAAGAACGGAUUACAUCCUGUGAAAUCCUCAACGGUGGACAGUAUCUGGCGCUGGCGUUGGAAAAACGCGAUAUGAUUAUAGCGCUGAAGUUGUACGGUGUCGCUGCUACUCCGGAAGGUGAGAAUUCGGAACAGAAAAAAUACGGAAAGCCGGAAAACUGUGGCAAACUGUUUGAUUUAAAGAAGUAGGCGUCUGUGUAGCGUAAAGAGAUUAUGCAAAGUUUUAUCCUGUAUAGGUAAAUGUUGUUAGUUGAAAAGCGAUUUUUGAUUUAUUUAUUCUGCGUAGUUUUUGGAAAACGUGUAGCUUUCAUACCAUAGAAAUAUAUGAAUAAAGAAAUAUGUGGUCGUGAUUUGUUGGUUUCAUGUUUGAAUGCAAAUGUUGCUAUUUAUACUAGCAAAUGGCAUAGCUACUUUUGAAUUUCAUAUAUCUCUCAGUACAUAAUUUCGUCGAAUGUUCGAUUUCCAGAUACUUCGUGCUUCAUAUAAUGAAUUUUUCCACAAAUACGCGUAAGUAUUUGUAAUAAUUUUUUGUCGUUAACACCCUUCAGAGUUGAACCGUUCAGCUUAGAAUUCUUUUUCAUUAUUACCAUAGAAUUUCAGUAGCACGCUGGUGUAUUCUUCAACGUGUUUUGAAUAUUUUAGUUUAUUGAAGCCAUCAAGUCAUGACAAUAGGCAGUUAGAAAAUUUCCACUUCCGAUUGUAAUCGUCGAAAAACGCAUCAACCGAGUCCACUGUUUAUCCAAUAUACUAAAAAAGAACAUUCGUCAUUUAGCACCAGAACAUGUUGGCAAUCGUAUUUGCUCGAACCGUUUGUGCACCAAAAUACAACACAAAAUAUAAAUAAAACAUCAAUCCGGAUAGUACAUAAAUUAUAACACUCAAUCCCACUCGAAGAACGAAUUUGUCAGAAGGCGUUAGAUAUAGAAAGAUUACACGAUAUUUAUUAAAAUUAAAGAGAAACAGAAGGAAACCCAAGUUACAAAUCAAAACUAAGCGAUUGAAAUUUUCCGACGCGCAAGUUACCCUGAAAUCAAUCAACAAAGAAUCGGUUACAGAGAUGAAUCGCAUACAAUACAAUUGCAAAUUAUACUAAAAACAACAAUAGCAAACUACUUUUAACUACUACAACCGAAUAUUGUGAAUAGCUUCCAGUCGAUGUUUUAGAGUAGGAAAUGUCGAGAUUUAUGCAGUCAUAAACAAGCGCUGAUCGAACAGCAAGCACUAAUCCAAAAAUCAUCUAAGCGAGUGUAUUGACGGCAAAUAGUGUAAUUUGAAAAGUUUCACGCUCCUUUUGCAGUUAAAAUUGCAGAUAGAAACAAAAAUCUAAGAAAGAGCAAAUAACAGCCUGCGAGGCAUUUGACAAACAGAGAAAGAUACUAGUCGAUGAACGGUAGCUAAAACAUAAUCAUUACCGGAACAAAAGGAAAACAGGUAUAGCGCGGAUAGCAAACGAUAGAUAAAAAACUAUCUAAUCAAUCGCGCAACAUUGAGAAUAGUUUUCCACUGAGUGUAAACUGCUAAUACAACAACUAUGGAAAGCAAAUGUGCAUGGUGGCUAGAUGUUAGAGAAAGUUAAUGUCGUUUUAAAACUGGAUUUGAACUGAAAACAAAUUAAACAUCUGAGAGAAAACUGCUGCACCUUGACUGUAACACUUUGUCUAUGAUACCGUUUUAAACCCGCCAAGUAUAUGAAUAGCUUAAAGCUCGUACAUUUUAUCUUUAAUUAAAUUAUUAUUCACAUGAAUUCAAAGUCAAUCAACAAACCGGAAAAGAAACAUAAUCUGCAAUCUAUCCUUCCGAACAGCCGAAAAUGAAUAAAAAGUUUAGGAUAAAUAUUACACAACCUACAAUCUGAUAUAUGUAAGGCAAAAAAUCCCAUAGCUUUAAGUUCGGUUUACACAAGCUUAAUCGAAUUGUACCAAAACAAUUUAUUUUAUUUUUAAAUUCUGGAUAUAUUUCUUCCAGUACUUUGUUCCUUUUUUAAAUCAAUAGUCUUAAAUUAUUUUUGUGCUUGAGUAUUUCAGUCGGAAUUAAAACUAAAUGAUGUUGAAUUACCGAUACCUACAUAUGAAGAAUUUUUGUUAUCGUUGAUAUAAAUGAUUUGAAUAUUCAUCACGUUGUGGGAAUAGCUUAGUUACUCUUCCAAAAAUACACAGAUAGUAACACAAAUCAAAUUGAGAUCAUAACAUAACCCUUUAAAGAUGCGAGACGGCUGACAGCUGACUGUUGUUCGUAGCAAACCUCACUUGCUUAUACAAAAUGCUCCUAAAUUUUGUUUGGUUCAUCCCGACAUAACAAUUUUUUUCAAUUAAAAUCAUGUUCCUUAUUAUUAUUAAUUCAAACUACUUUCAAUAACUUGUAAGAAUUUUUGUCAAAAACCCGCCGUUUACACAGAUCCAGCUGUUUUGAUCAUCAUUGUAGAAAAUGCAUGUUUGUGUGAGUGUUUUUUUGUAUCGUUUCCAAAUAAGCUGCUACUGGUAGCAAUGUAAUUACGAAGGACAUACCAAUUCAUAAGUAAUAAACUGAAACAACACCCAACAACAAGAGAAUCAGCUGCAACAAACAUAUGAAGAAAGCAAACCAAAACUAAUAUGAUUAUACCAAAAAUACCAAAGCAUACAAAGCCCAACAGACAAAUCUUAACUAGUAGCGUCUGAUCCAACAAUAACAGCAAAGAGAGGAAAAAAUAACAACAAACAAUUUAGUAAAUGCUCAUCUGGUAUGUAGCAAAUCAUGACGAGGCUGGUCCUUAAAAACCAAAAAUUAAAUUAAAAUAAUAUAUAAGCAGAACAACAAUUGUUAGACAUUGUAUUAUUAUUAUUAUUAUGUUUAUCAUUAUUAUGAAAACUCUAGCGAUUUUAAUAUAAUUUCGUUCGCAGCAGUCAAGAAGAAAGAAGAGAAAACUGAUUCGGUUUGUAAUCUGAUACCUAUAGAUGCAUAGGAAAAACUUGAGACAAGAAACUAUCUCAAAAUGCUACAAUCAUGCAGUACGUACAAGACUUGAAACCACUGAAAAUUUAUAUUUAGUCUACCUUGCAAGGGAAAAAAGUUAAAAAAUUCGAAUCAAAUUCAGCGACCAAACUUUUCAAAGCAUAGCUUCCGGCUCAGUAUCGGCUAGAUCCAAAUCAACAUUUUCGAAAAAGCACUUAAAAUCUGAAGGAAAAAAUUCCCCAUACUUGUAAAGUUUCACGAAAUCAAUAGAAAACAUCAUAAACUGAAAUAUAACCUCAUUGUUUCGCGCAUCAAACGUAUCCAUCAAUGAGUAAUUCAAAAUGGAUCAAAGUCAUUACAAUAUCAAAUCAUUCGAUAGAACCAAUAAACGGAAACCGUUUCCUUGCUUAUCGGAACGGCCGAUUGAAAUGUCCUGCCAAGAGUAAACCUGCACAAACUCCUCUAGCGUAAGGGUGCAAGUGCAAUUGUACAAUUUGAAAAUUCAAGCAAACGGAUAACGACCAGAAAUCAGAAACUAACGACAAAAAAAUACUACUAUCCUAUCAAUUAAAGGAAGCGUCAAUAUAAACACGCGAAUAGCAUUAACUUAUAAAAGCAGACGACAAACAGUAAGAAAAAAAAAAUGAAGAAAACCAAUAGGAGAGACAAUGUUCAAAAUCUUGAGCCAUUUUUGAUGUAAACUCUUUUAAGUCAUAUUGUAUUUGUUACUUUUUGAUUUGUAUGUGUGUAUUAUUCUAAACAACAAGGUGGAGAAACCGAAAACAAGAAGAUGAAAAAAACCUUAGAUUAGACAAACAAAAAACAAGCAGAAACAAAAGAAUCUGAGAUGAUGAAUAUAUAUACAAAUCAACAAAUGCUGUCGAUGCCGAAA